GGCUGCGCUCGGAGCGAGAGGCCAAGCAGAUAAGGCUCCAGAACACACCCCCCCUCCCCCCCAUGGCGGCCUUCAACACCGCCACCGCGGCCGCCGCGCUGGGGUCGCCGGCUCCGUGCCGGCCCUCCGCCCUCCCCGCGCGUCUGCCGGCGGCUCGGUGGGUGCCGCUCCGCUGCUCGCCGCCGGCCCUGGGCCUCAGGCGUGGGACCGGGCAUUCUCGAAGGGGUUCAGCAGCCUCUCUCCGGGUGGAAGCUAAGAAGCAAACAUUCUCUUCAUUUGAUGAGUUGCUGGAGAAGUCUGAGAAGCCUUUACUAGUUGACUUCUAUGCAACUUGGUGUGGUCCAUGCCAAUACAUGGUUCCCAUACUUCAAGAAGUGAGUGAAAAGUUAAGCGACAAGAUUCAAGUUGUGAAAAUUGAUACUGAGAAGUACACAAGCAUUGCAAGUCGUUACAGAAUUGAAGCACUGCCAACUUUUAUCAUCUUCAAGGACGGGAAACCUUGCUAUCGUUUUGAGGGAGCGUUGCCUGCUAACCAGAUGAUUGAACAGAUUGAGGGUGCUUUGGCUGUCACAGAGUAGCACACAUGGUGAGCAGAGCAGAAAAGUUUUCCGAAAAAUAUGUGCUGCUACCUCGUAACAUGUGCCUCUGCAUGUUAAUUCUUUAUUAUUGUUUCAAAGAUUCUCAUUUUUUCUAUAUCAUUACAGUCUGAAACUAUGAUGUUGAAAAUCUUGUAAUGAUUUGCUACUUGAUCUUUCACUGUAUGGGGCCAACAGAAAUAGCAAAGCAUUCCGAGUCCAAGCAAGUUGGGUAGUCUAGAAAUAAAACCCAACAAGAGCUACCAACAGUAGGACUAAGUUAUAUUUUGUAGAGAACUGUUUUCAGAUCUAAUGCAAUGAACAUUAUUGGACACAUAUUAGAAUUGAUGCAAAAGGAAUGUAUGCCUGUUUUUC